ACCAUGAGGAUGCCUCUGGCCGCGCUGGCGGUAUUGGGAUCUGCGGUUGCACAGCGCCUCAUUACAGCAUCCUAUGGCACCGACACGCGUCCAGGAACAGUCGCUACUCUCGAACUCUCAUGUGAUGGCGCCAACCGCAAGUUGAAGGUUAUAAACGAGAACCACGAAUGCGGAGCCCUGCCUACAUGGCUGGAUACAUCUCUCAGCCCGACUACAGUUAUUUGUCUGGAUGAAGCCGCGACCAAUGCCGCCUUGACGACGUUCAAACUCAAGUCCGAUGGCAAACUCAACAGAACAUCCAGUGUGCCUGCGCAGGGUGGCGCCGUAGCCAUGGCAGCCUACAAUAACAAGUCGGCCAUAGCACUCGCUCAUUUUGGCCCCCAAGCCGCAAUCACAACAUUCAAAGUGCAGCCGCACAAGCCGUUUCAGCACCUGCAAAACAUGACUUUUGGCCCGCCUGAACAGAUCCACCAAGCCGUCCUUGAUCCCACCGGCCAAUACCUUGUCUUCCCGAGUCUGGGCGCCGAUCUCGUCCACGUCUACAGCAUUGACGCCGCAACCAACCUGCUCACUGCGCACGAGCCGCUGAAAUCAACAAAAGGCUACGGCCCGCGCCACGCCGUCUUCUGGACGGCCAGCCCCACCGGCACCACCUAUCUGUUUGUCGUGCACGAGCUCAGCAACAAGAUUGUGAGCUACAAGGUCGACUAUCUCGCGCAGACGGCCGGCCUGAACUUCACCCAAGUCGACGAAGUCAGCACCUACGGCAACUUUUCCGUCCCGGCCAAGACAUUUGCUUCGGAAAUCGCCCUGUCGCCCUGCAACUCGUUUGUCGUGGCUGCGAACCGCAACGGCACUAUUUUCACCGUCGACAACCCGGAUGCAACUAACAGCACCAAACUGCCCAGUGACUCGAUUGUCACGUUCAAGCCCGCGCCAGACGGCAAGCUGGCGUUUGUGCAGCUCGCAAAGUCGGGUGGGUAUUAUCCGCGCCACUUCAACAUGAACAAGGAUGGCUCCAUGAUUGCCGUUGCGAAUCAGAAGAGCCAGAAUGUCGUGAUUUACGAGCGUGAUGUGCACACUGGGCUCAUCCAUGAUGCCAAGGAGGUGGCUAGUGUGCAGGGUCUUGGGCCUGGAGAUCUCAUGUAUGUCCAGUGGGUAGAAUCAUAGAUCGUCAGGGGG